AUGGUCGAUGUCGGCAAGUUUACGACCCUCCAGAGCAUAAUACGCUCCAAUGCUCAACUAAGCAUGCAAGUCUGUGCUGUAAAGACUUUGACGGAAUUCAUUAGAGCAUCAACUGCUUCAACCUCUUCAGAAGAGCACCAGAACUUGCAGAGGGCAUGUGAAGCUCUCAAAGCUUCUUCUCAUAACUCAAUCUCGCUCUCGGGAGGUUGCGAUCUAUUCUUACGCGAAGUCACUCGCAUGCCUCAGGAUGAUAUCAUGGACUUUAAGCAAUGGAAGCAACAAAUCAUAUUACGAGGAGAAGCUUUCGUCCUGAACUCUGGAGCUAGGAGGGAAAGCAUCGCAUCACUAGGACUACAGAUAUUACGGCCUGACUUGCAUAGUACUGUGCUGAUACAUUCACAUUCGCGAGUCGUCGUCCACUUGCUACAACGAGCCGCUGCUGACGUCCAACCCAGGAGGUUGCUUGUAUACGUUACUGAAUCAAGACCAACUUCCAAUGGCAAAAAGGCCGUAGAGAUCCUACGAGAAGCCGGCAUUGAAGCACGUGUAAUACUAGAUACAGCCGUGGCCCGUGUAAUGUCGAAAAUUGACAUGGUGUUGGUGGGUGCUGAGGGAAUAUGUGCAAAUGGUGGUCUACUCAACCAGCUUGGAACGUAUCAGAUAGCAUUGGUCGCAAAGCAGGCUAAUGUACCCUUCUAUGUUGUGGCUGAAAGCUCCAAGUUUAUGAAAUCAUUCCCACUGAAUCAACCAGAAGUUGGCAUGGAAAAGAUAAUGGUGGAUGAAUACGACUCGUAUGAUCCAACAAGCAUCGAGUUUCGAAGUCCGCCUAUUGAUUACACACCACCAGAAUACAUAACAUCGCUACUUACUGACCUUGGAAUUAUCUCAACUUCAAGGGUGUCUGAAGAGAUAGUAAAUGAACAUAUGUAG